AGCAUGCUAUCACAUUGACCCAACAAGUAUAGUAUUUCAAAGAAUACCAAGCAAAGCUAGCAAAAGUAGCCGGUAGUAGUAAAUCAGCAUCCAUUAUCAAGGAUGCACUGUAUGUAUUGAGUGCUGGAAGUGGUGAUUUCCUCCAGAACUACUAUGUCAACCCUUUACUUAACCAUGCAUACUCCGGACCAGUACGACUCAUUCCUCAUCGAUGCCUUCACAAGCUUCGUCAAGAACAUGUAUGGGCUGGGAGCUAGGAAAAUUGGGGUCACGUCUCUUCCACCGUUGGGUUGCGUUCCAUUAGCAAGAACAUUGUUUGGUUACCACGAGAAAGGAUGCAUCUCCAGGUUCAAUACCGACGCUCAGCAGUUCAACAAAAAGCUCAACUCUGCAGCAGCUAAUCUCCAGAAACAACAUUCUGAUCUUAGGAUUGUGGUUCUCGACAUCUUCAAGGCGCUUUUCCACAUCGUUAAAUCUCCUUCGAACUAUGGGUUCGUUGAAGCAACAAAAGGGUGUUGUGGAACUGGUACAGUAGAGACGACGAAUUCUUGUGCAAUCCGCAUACACCAGGAACAUGUUCCAAUGCGACCCAGUAUGUGUUUUGGGACAGUGUCCGUCCAUCUCAUGCUUCUAAUCAAGUCCUUGCCGAUAGGGGUGUAAAAAGCUGACCGGACC